ACCAGUACAGAGGGAUAGGCCAACAAGUGAUAUGUUUCAGUAAGAUUGGAUUUUUAGCAUUUAUAGCAAUGGUUAUCAACUGUACUGCAGGGAUGGAACGUAGGUUGUAGAAAAUUGAGGUUCUGGCGGCAACUGCAGAGAGGUAUUUGGUGUGCGAGACUUUACAUCAGAAGUGUUACAGGGUGCGUGAGGUGGUGGUGUCCCAUCCUUUCAGGUUGUUUGUCUGAGGUAGGACUAAAUAGAUUUAAAUAGUGUAGUAGGGUGGUGUUAUUUUUAUAAAAACAAAAAAAUGUUGUGAGUGUAGUGUUAGAAUAGGUGGUAGGGUAUUUAUUUAUUUUUUCAAGCAAAGAAUAAUGGAGUUGUUCUCCAUUCUAGUUGUUAGGGGUAAUGCAACAUAUUGGGUGCCAACUGCUUUUAAACCUAAUCGAAGAAGAAGAACCCAGCUGCCAGUUUUUCAACCAGUCGUUCAACGAAGCCCAGGUGUCUAAUUCCGUAUGAAAAGUAAACAGUCUAUGUCUUUGAUACCUUGAAGUGGCUCUGGCUAUUAGUUCAAUUAUUAAACGAGUUCAACUAGAGACAAAUGAAUGUCUCAAAGAAAUGUAUAGGUCUAUCUGUGGCAGUAUUAUAGCUGCCAACUACUGUGCAAAGAGCAACAAAUUAUGCGUGGAUGCCAUAGCAAUUGUUUCUCUUUUGGAUGUCGGCAUGACAUUACCUUUUUAUUUCUCCUUUGCAUGGUGGCAUGACAUUACCUUUUUAUUUAUCUUUUGCAUGGUGGUAUGACAUUACCUUUUUAUUUCUCCUUUGCAUGGUGGCAUGACAUUACCUUUUUAUUUCUCUUUUGCAUGGUGGCAUGGCCUGUUUAUUGUAAGUAAACAUUAGCAACUGAGUACAUCACUUUUUGGAGAGGACAUGUGCAUUUAUCGCCAGGAAAUAAUUAUUUAUUCAGCACCAUCUAGUGGUAAAUAGAAAGUACGGCAUCCGUGGUCUGUCGCUUUGCAUUGACGUAGAACACAUGCGUUUUCCAGCAUGGCGACAUCCAUAGUGUAAAGCAACUGGCAAGGACCGAAACGGCAAGUUAAUGACAUUUCAAAAAAAUAGGUGAUCUAUGUACAACGUCUUCUGUACGCUAUCUGCCAUUACCUCCUGAAAUGUAAACGCGCGGUCAAUUUUGUUCAUGAUUCUUGAUGUAAAUGUAUAGUAUACUGUAUAUUUAUAAUUACGCUCGUCUCUGCCUUCUCUCAUUUGUGAAGGACCGGACUUUUCAAAUGUGGGUUAUUAUUCUCCAUCAAAGUUCGUUGUGAAAUCGAGUCACUGUCAGCAUCAUAUGUCACUUGUCAAGUGUCACUUAGUGAUUUGAAAAAGCAUUAAACACUGAAUGCAACAUGCUGGUGUCAUGAAAACACUGUCUACAUGGUACCAAUUCAGCACACACAGUUUUACUCCACUUCGCACUGAUGUCUGUUGGAUUUCAGUUAGGUGGGUCUCUUUUCACACAAAGACUGGUGCGGAUAUGUGUCACCUGCAUUGGCCAGCAGGGAUACAGGCAGCUCAUUCCCAAAAGUCGACUCCCUACAUGUACACUGUACACAAGGAGCUUUGGGACUGAUCCUAAGGGGGAGAAAGGGGAAAAUGAGAACGGGAGCAAAACAACAGACAACCUUGACCCCUCACCCCAGACUCUAACCCCUAUGCACACACAGGGAAGAGGUUUGUUUGGUAAAAGGCGACCACUCUCACCCUUGGAGAGGAUUAGCCGCCUUUUGCCUCAGGACUCACUAGCCCCAGAAUUGUUGGUGCUGAGAGAGGAGGAGAACCCGGAAGUGAAACAGGGGGAACCUGAUGGGGUUGGGGUUCAAAAAGACCACAACACUUCAGCAGCCUCGGUGAUUGAGACUAAGAUCCACAGCUCACAAGGAGAAGUAGAAAGUGCAGAACCACAGGUGCACAUAGGACAUGACACAGUUAGACCGAGAGAAGAAAAAGAGGAGGGUACUGUCAUUGAUAACACAGUACUAGAGCCAAAUGGUUGCCCGAUUCUCAGAGAGGUAACAAAUUAUUCACAAGAGGAGGGAUACGUGACUCCUAUGACUCCCACUCUUCUUCCCGGGGAGCAUUUACUCACUUUUGGGGAACUGCUGUUGGCGGAGUACCGGAAGAAGGGCCGCGUGGAGUUUAGGAAGAUGUUUCAGCUGCAGGAUGGGCAACGUCUCCAGAGCAGUUGGGGCACCAUCGGACACAGUGACAUCGUCGGCCGCCACGCAGGAGACUUCAUUCGGACCAUCCACGGGACACCCAUCCUUAUACGGCGGCCCAACCUGGAGGAAUACGUGCUUUAUAUGAAGAGGGGGCCGGCAAUCGCCUAUCCAAAGGAUGCCAGUAUGAUGCUGAUGAUGAUGGACGUCACAGAGGGAGACUGUGUGUUGGAGUCAGGCUCCGGGUCAGGAGCCAUGUCGCUUUUCCUGUCCCGAGCUGUGGGCUCCAAGGGCAGUGUUAUGAGUGUGGAAAUCAGGGAGGACCACCACAGACGAGCCGUGCUCAACUACAACCGCUGGUGUUCCUCCUGGAUCCUGCGGCGAGGAGAGGAAUGGCCUGACAACGUCCAGUUUCAUAACUCUGACCUGCAGGGGGCCUCCUUGCUCCUCGCCGGGCGAGGGUUUCACUCUAUUGCUCUGGAUAUGAUAAACCCUCAAUUGGUUUUGCCCACUGUGAUUCCACAUCUCCACCCCGGAGCAGUUUGUGCUGUCUACCUAGCCAAUAUAACACAGGUCAUUGAUCUACUGGAGGGCCUCCGAUGCUCUGCCCUCCCCCUGCUGUGUGAACGCAUCAUCGAAGUGCAGCUCAGGGAUUGGCUGUUGGCUCCGGCACUCCAGAAAGAUGGGCGGUUCUGCCGGAGGAAAGCUCCUCCCUCAGCGAGAAACCAGGAGGAAGGGGAGAAUAACAAGUCUGAUGAAGAAAAAGAAUACACAAGCAGUCCGGAACCCGCACCAUAUGGGAGUGUCCCUUACAUUGCUCGACCUCACCCGGAGCAAGCUAGCCACACAGCAUUCCUGGUGAAACUGAGGAAGAGUCAGGGGUAGCUCGCCUCCGAAGACCCAUCAGAGGAGCGAUUGGGUGUAUUAUAUUCAUAAAUGUUAUUUGGUACUGCAGAGGAAAAUGUAGUUGCCCUAUAAUCAGUCUGGAAAUUGAAAUUCAUACUUCUUGACAACACGCCAAAUAUAAAGACUCAAUAAAACACCAAA